GGAACAUAUGGUUCUUGUCUCUGAUAUGCUGUUGUUUCUGUAGCUCUUGGUUGAUUAUCUUUUGUGAGUUUGAGAAAUUUGUCUCUGCAAUUGUUUAUUGCUGCAGAAGUUGAGGCUUAUUCAGUAUUUUGGGCUUGCAUAUUGAUGCCUUUAACUGUUUUGUUCUGCUCCAGAAGUAGUAAUUUACCAUCGUCCAGAUUUGGAUUCUGAGAAUUGAUAGAGGAAAUUCUGUCUUGUUGAGUUGGGCAGCUGUUUUACUUUCUACAAAGCUGGCUUUUAGUCAUGUAUUUUCAUAAUCAAUUGCGCCAAACUGUGAAGAUUUUUUAUUCUUAGAUUCAAACUUCUUUCCCCCUCACAUUUGGCUUCAUGGAAUUUUUUGGUUUUGGGUUGUUGAUAUCGAGAACUGAAAGAAAGAUAAAAUUUUGCUUUGUGGAAUCCUUUUAGUGUGUGUUUUUCAGUGGAAGGGACAGCAGAUAUGGACUUGUGGGUGGUUGCAGCAGCUGCUGGCGCUGGAUAUUUGACUAAGUAUUGGCAGAAUAUUUCUAGGAAUGGGGAUAAGGAUAGCUUGUUACAGUUUUCUUCUGGGGAUGCAAAUCUUGACAAAUCUGAGUCCCCAAGCCGUCCCUUCCAGAGACUCGCACAGAGAAAGAAAGUGGGUGAUGCCGUUUCUACAGAUAGAAAAAUGGUUUCAGAUAAUAACCUGUUAGAAAGUGCUUGUGGGACAGAAGUGGCUUCUACUAGUGGGUAUGAUGGUGAAAAACUGGGAGGCUUUGUAAAUUACAAGGACUGCAAUGUACUUUCUCUAUCAAAUAUGUUACCAGUAUACUCAGGAAAUGACAAUAAGGAUGGGGAUGGAACUUGGCUAAGUAAUGAUAUUGAUGACAGUACUAGUGUCAUGUUGCCUAAAUCUCCAAAUGGAGAAAGGGGUUCUUCUCAUGUUCCUCUGAGGAACAGAAGCUCUAUUAGAGCUAAACAUUCAUACAGGCAUAUUGUUAAGCCGGUCAGUUCCUUAGAAAGUUGCCUUAUGGCUCAAUUAUAUAAAGAGCGUGCUGAAAUGGAAGAGUAUGCGCUUACCCUUCCAUCAUCAUCCACUCCAAGUAUUAGGCCAUUGUUUGUGACUGAUGGAAGCCGAAUAAUCAGCAGAGGUAGUGGUGAUCAUUUCAGUGCUCAUAUUGGAAUUGAGGAAAAUAAGCUGCAUAAGGAAGCCUAUUUAGAAACAAAUGAAAAUGUCUGCGGGUUUCCUCCACCACCGAAACUGGGUUAUUUGGAUCUCUCUAAGAAGAUGAAAACUAAGACAGGAAAGGGACGGAAUGGAAGAUUGGGCAGUUCCAGUAAAAUGGUCAAUGGGAAACACUUCCAUUCUGAAGGUUCACCAGAAGGACCAGUUCUACUCUGUCUUGGGAUUUCUAUUGGCAUAAUAUCUUCUUUUAUAACAAAUAAACGAGAAGUUGACAAGUUGAAAGAUCUAUUGAAGCAGACUGAGAACUUGGUUCAGGAUCUGGAGGAAGAACUUGAGAUGAAAGAUUCAGUAACAGUGAAGGAGCUAGCUAAGGAGAAUUAUGAAUCACAUGAUACUUGUGACCAUUCAUUUUUUGACAGGGCACCAAAUUCAUUUUCUCCUGAACAGAGUAUGGACAAAUAUGAUGGUAGAGAUUCAUAUGACCGGAAAGCAGAAGAGUUUUCAGAGUCAAUGAGUAAAAUAGAGGCAGAGCUUGAAGCUGAACUUGAGAGGUUGGGGCUAAACGUGAAUACUUCUACUACAGAGAGAAGAUUGAUUGAUCUUACCGAGCUUGACCCAGACUUAAUCGCAGAUUUUGCUCAAGGCGAGUUGAGAGCUGACAUCGUUGGUGGUUUAGCUGUUGCCCAACCCAAGUCAAAUGAAGAGGCAAGCCGCGCCUCUACGGCUCAUCACUGUGCAAACUAUGCAGUUUCUCCUAGAGAGCUUAGCUUGCGUCUGCAUGAAGUUAUCCAGUCAAGCCUAGAAGAACGUGUCCAGGAGCUUGAGGCAGCUCUAGAGAACAGCCGAAGGAAGGUCAAGAUCAUGGAAUUGAACCACGAGGAUUGUGGAAGUGGGUUCUCAGAAAGUUGUAUACAUUCCACAAUCCAAGAAAGUACAAAUUCUGAAGAAAAAUGCAAAACUGUGGCGGAGCCUCUGGUCAUGAAUUUAUCAGGAGAAGCUUUAGAUGCAUACAAUGAGGCUUACGAAGAGUUGAUGAAGAUCAGUGAGUCAGAAGAGGAGGAUUCGCCUUGUCAAGUUUUUGAAACAUUCAGGGCUCAAAACCCCUGUCAAACUCAAAGUGAUGAGGUAAAUGGUUCCAUAGGACAUUUUGCUUCCAGUAAAGAGGAAACCUUAGCAGAGGAUAUCUUUUCCUUCGAGAGCAAAGUAAGAAUGUUGGAUGAGGAGCACAUUUCCAGGGUUCAGAGUUCAAAUAACACAUCUGUAACUGGGGAAGAGCAUAGUGAUUCUGAUGCAGAGAUGGAGAAACAAUUGAUAAUGCAGAUUGUGGAGAAGACCAAGAAAGGUUCUCCUGUAGUCCUGAAUGCGCAAAGGUGGUUGUUCCAAUCAAUGGAUGAGACUGAGCGUUAAAAUGAAACAGAAAUCAAAUUUUGCAGUGUAUAGAUCCAUACAAAGUAUAGAAGAGGUUAGGUAUUCAUUCUAUAGCUAAGCUAAUCUGUCAUUUGUUCUAACGAUGUUUACUGAUUCUUUUUUCAAGGCUUUGUUUAUCCGGUCAUCAGAAACUUGUUCAAAUAUUUUCAAUUUUAUAUGCUCUUCCAUUUCUGUCUCACUUUCCUUAUUUCUCCGUCCAAGGAAUCAUAAGAUUUACAGCCCUGUGUUUGCAACUUUCAGUUCUAGAGGAAAACUUUUGUGGUAUCCAUUUUGAUUUAAUGAAUGGACAUGCACAAAUGGGAAAUUGAAAUAAAUCAAAGAUUCUGCCCCCCUCUCGCUGUACAAUUGUCGACUUCGCUCUUUUUUGCUGAACAUUGGACAUAUUUUGCUUUUUUUCUUCAACAUUGGACAAUUUCGUAACAGAUUUGACAAGAGGUCCUUUUGUUCAUCAUUCAUUUCAAGAAUCUGAAUAUGAAACCGAUGCUUUCACACUAUUUAUCAUGCAUUUCAACAAUUUCCUCCUAUUAUUGCACUUCAAUUUAAG